AUGAACUCGAUUCGGGUUGUAUUGGCUGUUUGCGUCACAGACGGAUAUGAAAUGGAACAGCUGGAUGCAGACUCUGCGUAUCAAAAUUGUGAGCUUAGUGACCGAGUCUAUAUGGACAUACCGCCUGGAGUUAAGACUACUGGAGAUCCAGUUACGGGUCACGACAGACAGCUAGCGCCUGGAAUAGAACGAUUCAUGGAGGCUUCGUUUCGAAUGGCCUUAAGAAUUGUGGCAUGGAUCAAGAUCCGUAAGGUCAAAGAUGCCCUCAAGAGCGCUUUUAAAAUUAAGGAGCUUGGUGACGCAAAGCUCAUCUUGGGGAUGGGAAUUAAUCACGAUAAAAGAGUCGGAACGCUUAUGAUCAAGCAAACGAGUUGCAUUGAUGAUGUUACGCAACGAUUCGGUCAAGACGACCAAGACCCAUGUGCCCUCAAUCUCAAGCUUUCCAGAGAACAAUCGCCAGGAUCAGAUGCAGAAGCUACUGAAAUGCAGACGAACCCUUAUCGCUUUCUCAUCGGCUGUCUUAUGUACAUAGCAACAUGUAUUAGACUGGGUAUUGCCUACGUAGUUACGCAACCACCAAGAUUUCUCGAAAAUACUGGAAUACAGCAUUGGCGAGCCGCGAUUUGUGUGCUAAUGUACUUGUCGUCAACGCACCCGCAUGAAAUUGCAUAUAAAGGAGGAGCCAGCAACGUCAUGGUUGAAGCAUUCGCGGACGCAGACGGGGGAAGCAAUAUCGACGACAGACGAUCUGUUUCUGGCGUGAUGGUAAACAUGAGUAAUGGAAGGCGUUGUAAAGUUGAAAUUUUAAAGAACUGUGGCACUGAGUUCAGCACAAGCCGAGUAUAUGGCACUAAGCCUGUGUACCCAGGAGUUUUGUGGACGUACGCGAUGUUAAAGGACAUGGAAAAAGGUCAUCAUCAUGCAACACAAGUAUGA